AUGGUUUCCGUUCCCAACCCCAUCGGCCAGGGGCCAAAACCGGGCAAGAUGGGCCUCGCCAUGUAGGUUUAUUCGAUCACUCGCUGAAUACAGGCGACUCACUGGAGGGACGAGUUAUCAUAACACCACAGGACUGUCUUUGCCGCUUUCGGUGGGUUUCUGUUUGGUUACGACACCGGCUACAUCUCGGGCGUGAAGGAGAUGCCUAUUUUCGCCAAACUCCUCGGCGUCGUUAACACGAACCCCGCGACCAUGGCCAAGGCGCCCUACGUUCUCACUUCCGGCACCAACGCCCUCAUCACUUCGAUCUUGUCGGCUGGGUAGGCUUAUUUUGCUAGGACUACUGUUCCGACGAGUUCGAUGCUCAAUCUAUCCCCUCUUACAUGUAGUACUUUCGUCGGAGCUUUGCUCGCGUACCCCGCUGGUAAUCUACCAGCAAAGCCACUAAAGCUACUACAGCUUCCGACAAAUCCACUACUGUCCCACCACCAAUGGCUGAGCCGACACCACCACCAGACACAACAUCAUCAUCCGACGCCGCGGCCUUGGCCAACCUUCAGGCUGACUACGCCGCGCUUGUCGCCAAAAUCACGCGACUGGAGGCUUCGCAAUCGGCUGCCAGCGCGCCCGCCAAACAAGAAAAACCGACCGACGGCAUGCCGUCCACCAUCGUCGUCCCGGAAGCCUACAUGCUCAAAGGCCGAGAGAACUUCGUCGAAUGGGAUGGCUUUCUCAACAUGUUCCUUCCCGACGACGUCUACAACUACCUCACCGGGGGCAGAGAUAACGUGAAAUGGACCGACGCCUACUACGCACGCGGACAAGAGUACGCAUCGCGGGUCCUCAUCGCUUCCAUCGAUCCGAUCUGCUCCUCGGACAUCAUUCCGAUUCGCCAGAUGAAAGGCACGGCACACGAGUGCUGGCUCGAACUAGCCAGUCGCUACCGCCCCAGCGACGCUCAAGCCGCCGCGACCCUCGUUGGCGAGUUCUGGAACCUUCCGCCGAUCCCCACGACCGAAUCGGGCUUCAAUCAGUGA